GCGCACCGCGGGCGCUGCCAGCCCCACCGCUCCCGCUCCCGGCCCUGCGGGCCGGCCAUGUCCCCGGCUCCGGCCGCGGCGCGCACCCAGGCCCGGCAAUGAGGAGCGGCGCCGAGCGCAGGGGCCACGCCGCGCGGCUCGGCCGCCCCGGCCGCGCGCCCCGCGGCCGACGCGCCCCGGCCUGCCGCCGGCCGCCGCCGGCAGCCCGGCUCGGACACGGCGAUGCCGCGCACCGGCCCCCUGUUCCAGUGGAGCAAGUGGAAGAAGAGGAUGGGCUCGUCCAUGUCGGCGGCCACGGCGCGGAGGCCGGUGUUUGACGACAAGGAGGACGUGAACUUUGACCACUUCCAGAUCCUGCGCGCCAUCGGCAAGGGCAGCUUCGGCAAGGUGUGCAUCGUGCAGAAGCGGGACACGGAGAAGAUGUACGCCAUGAAGUACAUGAACAAGCAGCAGUGCAUCGAGCGCGACGAGGUCCGCAACGUCUUCCGGGAGCUGGAGAUCCUGCAGGAGGUGGAGCACGUCUUCCUGGUGAACCUCUGGUACUCCUUCCAGGACGAGGAGGACAUGUUCAUGGUGGUGGACCUGCUCCUGGGCGGGGACCUGCGCUACCACCUGCAGCAGAACGUGCAGUUCUCCGAGGACACGGUGCGGCUGUACAUCUGCGAGAUGGCCCUGGCCCUGGACUACCUGCGCAGCCAGCACAUCAUCCACAGAGACGUCAAGCCCGACAACAUCCUCCUGGACGAGCGAGGACACGCGCACCUGACCGACUUCAACAUCGCCACCAUCAUAAAGGACGGGGAGCGGGCGACGGCGCUGGCGGGCACCAAGCCCUACAUGGCUCCAGAGAUCUUCCACUCCUUCGUCAACGGCGGGUCUGGCUACUCCUUCGAGGUGGACUGGUGGUCGGUGGGGGUGAUGGCCUACGAGCUGCUUCGAGGAUGGAGGCCCUACGACAUCCACGCCAGCAACGCCGUGGAGUCCCUGGUGCAGCUGUUCAGCACCGUGAGCGUCCAGUACCUGCCCACCUGGUCCAAGGAGAUGGUGGCCCUGCUGCGCAAGCUCCUCACCGUGAACCCCGAGCACCGGCUCUCCUGCCUCCGGGACGUGCAGGCCGUGCCGUCGCUGGCCGCCGUGCCCUGGGACGGCCUGAUGGAGAAGAGCGUGGAGCCCGGCUUUGUGCCCAACAAAGGCCGCCUGCACUGCGACCCCACCUUCGAGCUGGAGGAGAUGAUCCUGGAGUCGCGGCCCCUGCACAAGAAGAAGAAGCGUCUGGCCAAGAACAAGUCGCGGGACAACAGCCGGGACAGCUCCCAGUCCGAGAACGAGUACCUGCAGGACUGCCUCGACGCCAUCCAGCAAGACUUCGUCAUUUUCAACAGAGAAAAGCUGAAGAGGAGCCAGGACCUCACCACCGAGCCUCCCCCAGGACCAGAGAGCAGGGACGCUUCGGAGCCCACGGAGGACAGCGAGGCGGAGCACUCCGCCCUGCCCAUGUGUGGCUCCAUCUGCCCCUCGGCCGGGAGCAGCUAGGCUCCGGGCUGGUGCGUGGACAGUUACUGCUCAGGUGGCUUUGGGGCCCGGGGCCGCCAGGGGCAGCGGGCGGAGGCUGUGGUCCCAGGCUGGUGGUGCC